UCGUAUCAAAUCUGGUUACAAAAUCUAGCACCUAUGAUUCAUGACUCGCAUUCAAUGCCGGUGGCACGGCUGCGAGGUUCCAGGCGUGCGGGGCCCCCGCAGACAACGGGCUGUUGUACAACCGAGGUGGAGAGAAAUAGCCUGGGGGUGCCCACAUGUUCCGACAGCAAUUAA